GACUAAGACUAGAAUUGCUACUGUUAGCCGACUAACGCCAGAAACGCUACUCUCAGCCCGACUUAGGUCGCAAACUCAAGCACCUCGUGCCGCAUGCGCUAACGGAUCACUAUCGUCCUGCUCCGACUGCUCAGAGUGCUCAGACUGCUCCGACUGCUAUUGCUCAUACUUCUCAGGUUGCUCCAACUGCUCAGACUGCUCAGACUAAAUCAUGCAGAUUAAGUCCGAGGCCGCGACGCCUACUACUAGAAAUCCCCAAACCCCAGUCGAGGAACGUGCGGUGGAGUUCGCUUUAUCUGAUCAGGCGACGCCUGAACUGGAUUUAUCAGAAAAUGCCGACGUCGCACCUUCUAGCGAAGCAGCAGCAGCAGGAGCAGGAGCACCUGGCGGAGCUAACCCUAGCUCAUACCCCCCUCGCUCCUCCCUCCAGCCGCCGCCAUUUACGCAUCGGCUAAACAACGAGGCCGAGGGCUGCGCUCCGUCAGGCGAAACGGCAGCAGGACAUGGCGGAACUUACAGGGGGGGAGCUUAUAGCGGGGCAGAUCCUGGCUCCGAACCCCUUCCCUCAUCGCCGCUGCAGGAAUUUUAAUACAGCCCAUCUUCAGGCACCAAGGUAUUGGUCGGACGCCGAGGUCCGGCAGCUCCUAGCGUCCAAUACAACCCAUCUACAACCCACCUCCGAACCACUUCAGGCACCAACGUAUUGGUCCGACACGGAGGUUCGGCAGCUCCUCGAGGCUCACGCGGAGCUCGACCCUGAGCUCGGCGCCGUACGCAGUAUAAGAGGCUCCAAUGCCGUACGCGGUAUAAGAGGCUCCAAUUACUACCGGGAGCUGCGUCACCUGCUGCUGCUGCGCCACCCCGGCUUCCGCCACUCACAGGACGCGAUCAAAUCCAAGAUCCAACGGCUGAAAGGGACUUACGAGAAGCUGCGGGACUUGCUGGAACAGACGGACCAGAUGGAACAAUCUGGCUGUUCGAGCUUGGCGGCUCGAAUUCGAACGGCUCAGAUUCCCGAGUGGUUUGUGUUGUUGGAUCCUGUGAUGUCACGGAGCCAGGGCCGUACCUCCACUCUCCUGCUGAACUCCGCUCGAGCCAUAGCAGCAGCAGCAGCAGCAGCAGGCACAGCAGCAGCAGCAGUGACUUCUCUGGGACGUGGCCUGUUAAACCAGUCGUCGCAGCCGCUGCGCUCCACUGCAUCUCCCCCUUCUGCUCCACGCGACCGGCUGCUUUCUCCCUCCACUCGAAGUGACAGGCCUGAUGGGGCAGCGGGCAGGCAGAUGGCUGGGCCUGAUGGGGCAGGGGGUAGGCAGAUGGCUGGGCCUGAUGGGGCAGGGGCGGGCAGGCAGAUGGCUGGGCCUGAUGGGGCAGGGGGCAGGCAGAUGGCUGGGCCUGAUGGGGCAGCGGGCAGGCAGAUGGCUGGGCCUGAUGGGGCAGCGGGCUGGCAGAUGGCUGGGCCUGAUGGGGCAGCGGGCUGGCAGGUGGCUGGACCUGAUGAAUCUCGUGGGUCUCAUGGGCGUGCUGGGUCUGGUGGGCCAGCGGGCAGGCCGAUAGCCAGGCCUGAUGGGGCAGCGGGCUGGCAGAUGGCUGGGCCUGGCGGGCUGGCUGGUUGGGGAAGGAAGCGGGACUUCGCAUGGCGUGGGAGGGAGAUGGCAGCCCUUUCACCAGCGAAGGCAGGCAAUGUUUUGAGGGCAGACAGUGUUAUGAAGGCAGACGAUGCUAUGAGGGCAGAUGAGCUGAGUGCGGCAGUGGUGGAGGAGGCUUGUGCUGAGUUCGAGGAUGUCAUGCAGGACUGGGCUGAGAGUGUUUGCGCCGAGUUUGAGGAAUCCGUUGCGGGGCUUGCUAAAGCGGCUUGCUUCCAGUUCAACAGGCUUACUCGGGCUUUCGCCGAGUCUUGGAAGGCUGGAAGAGGAACCACCAAGAGGCGUCGGCAGUAACACUGCACUGGAAUUUUGUGCUGCCAGGGACUGUCUUGUGUGUAAGUAGUUUCUUUUUGAGUCGACUCAAAACGAAAGUACUUACACACGGAUUGUCAACUGCACUGGUAGGUAUUUUGUUCAGGCAGGGACUGGCCGAUGGGAAUGAUGGUAUGGUAGUGAUGAAGAUAGGCGGAGGCCUACCUCCCCUGCAUCUUUCGUGUAACGAUGUAUUUAUGUUCCUUUCCCCCCUAUGAAAUCUUGAAGACGUAUCCGUCCGACCAGUGGAGUGGAUCCACUGAUCUGGAGCUUGAUGUCAUUUUGCUUGUUGGAAAUACCUCAAGGACUUGAGCGUUUCUGAAGUGUAACACCACACUCGAGGAAGGUCGUAACGGGUACGCGA